AACUACAGGCAGCGACUGCAGACAGGGGAAUGCGGAGGAACAGCCGGAGGAGAGGAACACUUGGAUAUCUACAAAAAGAACAGCCAAAAAUAUGCCUGAGCACACACACUCUACCCUGAACUGUACGUGCUAAGAGACGCAGCAAACGGUUUGCAGCCAUGAAGUAGUUUGUGGAUCCAGCUGAGCCAAGGGCAAAGUAAGCACAAAACUUCUGCUGGAAGGACAGAAGACGAGGCAGAGAGCAUGGCUGAGGCCACAGGAGACUUACUGCCCAUCUCCCACCCCCUGUGUUUCUACCGCGGCCGGCGGCUCUGGUGGGCCUACCUGACCUCCUCGCUGCUGAUCUUCCUGGGCGGCGGCCUGGCCAUCAUGCUCUGGAGAGCGUGCCACAGGGCCUUCAGGGUGCAGCAGCAGCCCCUGUACCACAGGAAGGGACCCCAGGAGGAGUUGAGGGGCGCAGUGAAGGAGUGGGCCAUAGCCCUCCUGUCUGCGCAGACCCGGACCGGGAGAGUGCUGAUGGUGCUGGUGUUUCUCUUCAACAUUGGCUCACUCAUCACCUAUUUCAUCCUCUCUCAGGAGCUGGUGGAGUCUUGCCAGCUGAGUUAUGACCCCGUCUUCCUCAUCGACAUGGGCUUCAACAUCUUCUACCUCCUGUACUUCGGCCUCCGGCUGGUGGCAGCGCAGGACCUGCUCCGCUUCUGGGUGGAGGUGAACUCUGUUGUGGAUUUCUUCACUGUGCCCACCUCCUUCAUCUACCUGUACACCCAGCGCAACUGGCUCGGCCUGCGGUUCCUGAGGGUCCUGCGCCUCAUCGAGUUCCCCACCAUCUUACAGAUCCUCAACAUUCUGACCAGCAACAACUCUCUCAAGCUGUCCCGCCUCAUCGCUAUGAUCCUGAGCAUCUGGCUGACCGCAGCUGGCUUCAUCCACCUGGUGGAGAACUCAGGGGACCCCUGGCUGGCCUUCUCCAAUGCCCACAACAUGUCCUACUUUGACUGCGUCUACUUCCUGAUGGUGACCAUGUCCACAGUGGGCUAUGGGGAUGUGGAGGUCCACACCACCCUGGGCCGCCUGUUCAUCAUCUUCUUCAUCACCAUGGGCCUGGCCCUUUUUGCCAGCUAUGUUCCUGAAAUAGUGGAAAUUAUCAGCAACCGGAAGAGAUUUGCCGGGAGCUACACUGUAGUCAGCGGGAGGAAGCACGUGGUGGUGUGCGGAAACAUCACGCUGGCCAGUGCCUCCUACUUCAUGAAGGAGUUCCUGCAUGAGGAUCGAGGGGUGGUCAACGUGAAAGUGCUCUUCUUGGGAAAUUUCUGCCCAGACCCAGAGCUGGAGGCCUUUUUCAGGCGGAAUUUCUUACAGACGACCUUUUUCCAGGGCUCAGUCCUGGAACAUCAGGACCUGGAGCGAGUGCAGAUGUGCAAAGCAGAUGCCUGCAUCAUUCUGUCCAACAGGUUUUGCGAAGACCCACAGACAGAGGACACGUCAAACCUCAUGAGGGUGAUCUCUGUGAAGCAGUACUGCCCUGACACUCGAGUCAUCAUCGAGAUGUUGCAGCACAACAGCAAGGCACACCUGCAGAACAUCCCACACUGGGACUACAGCCGUGGAGACUCUGUGAUCUGCCUGGCCGAGCUCAAGUUGGGCUUCAUGGCUCAGAGCUGCCUGGUGCCCGGGCUGUCCACACUGCUUGCCAACCUCUUCACCAUGCAGGGCGAGAUCGAGAUGCACAAGGAGACCUGGCGUGCACACUACAUGGCAGGGCUCUAUAACGAGGUCUACACUGAGUACCUGUCCAGCGCCUUCAUGGGGAUGUCCUUCUGUGAAGCCAGCAAGCUGUGCUUUCUCAGACUGAACCUGCUGCUCAUCGGCAUCGAGUACUGGACUGAAGAUGAGGAGAGCAGCGUUGUAGUGAAUCCGCUCAGCUGCAUCAAACUGCCAGAAAGGACCCUGGGCUUCUUCAUUGCCAGCAAUGCCAGCGAUGCCAAAAGGGCCAGCCUGUUCUGCUCCAGGUGCCACAGUGACGUCACCGCCCUCAGCCAGCUGCGCAGGUGCUCCUGCUCCGCCCAGAACAGAGCUGGCAGGGCAGUGCUGGGACACAGGCUGAGGGCGCGGCGACACACGCUAGGAGUUAUCCCCUCUUUGCCACACAGAGUGCCCAUGGAACACCUGCAUGCUCAGAAAGAGGAGGGCCAGCUAGAUUCCACUGGGAUGUUCCACUGGUGUCCCCCUGUCUCCCUGCAGGAGGCCACCCUGACGAGGCAGUCCGCGCAGGAGCUGCAGCUGGAGGGCCACGUGCUGGUGUGCGUGUUUGGGGACGAGCGCUCCAGCCUGCUGGGGCUCCGGGACUUCAUGAUGCCCCUCCGAGCCAGCAACCUCACCGCCGCCGAGCUGCGCACUGUGGUGUUCCUGGGGUCCCACGCCUACUUCCAGCGCGAGUGGCCCUCCAUCCACUACUUCCCCAAACUUCUCUUCUUAUCGGGCUCCCCGCUGUGCCGCGCUGACCUGCGGGCGCUGGCGGUGGAGCGCUGCGCCAUGUGCGUGGUGCUCAGCCCCCAGCGGGCCUGCGUGUCCGAGCCCUCGCUGCAGGACAAGGAGGCCAUCCUGGCCUGCGUCAACCUGCACUGCAUGAGCUUCCUGGACAGCCCACCCAGGCAGCCCGGAGGACAGGCGGGGGCAGAGCUGUGCAGGAAGCGAUCCCUUGUGACAACCGGAGCAGAGAUCCCCCUCCUCAUGGAGUUAGCCAACAGCUCCAAUGUGCAGUUUGUGAAUGAGGUGGACAGUCUGGAGGGCUUCAGUGACCUGCACCUGACCCAGGCCUUCUCCAGUGGCAUGGUCUUCUCCGAAGAAGUGCUGGACUCCCUCAUAUCUGCGACCUACUUCAAUAAGAAUAUGCCAGCUCUGAUCUGCACUCUGGUGACGGCCGGGGCCACGCCCUCUCUGGAAGUCAAGCUGGCGGAGGAGAACGUCCUGGAUGGAGGCUCUCCCCCCCUGCUGACAUCACCACUGCGCCAGCGUUCCAAGAUUGCUCAGCUGUCCCUGCAAGAGGAGCCCUUUGCUCAUUUCUCUUGUGGAAACUUCAAGGAGCUGUUCUGUCAGGCGAUUGACUCCGCAGGGAUCCUGUGCUUUGGUCUGUACCGCCUCUUUGACCCCCCUAACCCCGCCAGGAAAAGAUUCGUCAUUACGAACCCGGCACCAGAUUUCCCUUUAAACCCCGAUGACAAAGUCUUCUGUGCCAUCCCCUUCCACCAGAGCCACCUGCUGGCACGCCAGAGUACUGCAGCUUUCCCUCCUCUCCACCAGCACCCGUAGGAGUCCUGACAUGCUCAACACCAGCUGCUCCCAUGUACAGAGAAGACAAGACGCGUUUAAAGCGCAGGAUGACUAUCGCAGAGCACUAAUGCAGAGGCUAUCUUAUUAAACCAUAAUAAACAGCAUUCCUCAUUAA